CCUCCUCCUCUUCUGCCUCACGUCUCAACUCGGGAGCGCCGCCGAUCGGUCGUCAGGAUUUUCCCUUCCUCGGCCAAAAUGGAGGAGAAGGUCUCUCGCUUAAUGAAGGGAGCGCAGAUUAUAUGACCGGAUCGGCUUCAAUGAGCAGCAGCAGCAGGACCCGCUUUUGUUGUUAGGCAGUGACUGCAAGACAGAACCCCUGUGAGGAUAUCUACGGCGAUCCCCGCACGAGCGACCGCAGCCAUGAGCGCAGGAGAGGGACUGGAUGAGGCUGCGAAGGACGCGGCAGACAUAGCGGCGUUUUUCAAAUCCGAUUGCUCUGUUCCAAAAUGUGAUUCCAAACUGGAUGGCCCUGGUCAAACCUCAGGGUUUCAUCGCAAUGAGGAUAUGAAAGCCAUUGACGUGCUUCCCAUCCUCAAAGAGAAGGUCGCCUUCCUCUCAGGUGGCAGAGACAGACGCGGAGGUCCCAUCCUCACAUUUCCAGCAAGGAGCAACCACGACAGAAUACGACCUGAAGACCUGCGCAGACUCAUCGCUUACCUGGCUACUAUUCCCAACGAGGAGGUGGCCAGACAUGGCUUCACGGUCAUCGUGGACAUGCGUGGAUCUAAGUGGGACAGUAUCAAACCUCUGCUGAAGAUCCUGCAGGAGUCUUUUCCGUCUUGUAUCCACGUUGCGCUCAUCAUCAAGCCGGACAACUUUUGGCAGAAGCAGAGGACCAACUUUGGCAGCUCCAAGUUCGAAUUCGAGACGGUGAUGGUCUCCUUAGAGGGCUUAACAAAGAUCGUGGAUCCAUCUCAGCUGACAGCUGACUUCGAGGGAAGUCUAGAGUACAACCAUGAUGACUGGAUUGAGGUGCGGCUCUCCUUUGAGACCUUCGCCAGCGAUGCGGCGCGGGCGCUGGCGCGUCUGGAGGAGCUGCAGGAGACCCUGUCCCAGCGCGACCUCCCGCGGGACCUGGAGGGGGCCCGGCGCCUGAUGGAGGAGCACGCCGCGCUGAAGAAAAAGGCCACCAAGGCGUCGGUGGAGGAGCUGGACACGCAGGGACGCCGGCUCCUCCAGAGGCUACAGUCGCAGACCGCGGGGGGCGGGGGCGGCGGCGAGGGCGGGUACGGCAACCGCGUCGGAGGAGCCAGCGGAGACUCCAACGACCAUCAUCUCGGCUUCCACGCGCACGCGGACGCGCACAAUCUGGUGGCGAAGGUGACGGGCUUGCUGGAUAAACUGCACGGGACGCGGCAGAACCUGCAGCAGCUGUGGCACAUGAGGAAGCUGAAGCUGGACCAGUGCUUCCAGCUGCGGCUGUUUGAGCAGGAUGCCGAGAAGAUGUUCGAUUGGAUCAUGCACAACAAAGGGCUUUUCCUGACCAGUUACACGGAGAUCGGAGGAAACCACCAGCACGCCGUCGAGCUGCAGACGCAGCACAACCACUUUGCGAUGAACUGCAUGAACGUGUAUGUGAACAUCAAUCGAAUCAUGUCGGUGGGAAAUCGGCUGCUGGAGUCGGGCCACUACGCCUCCCAGCAGAUCCAGCAGAUCUCAGGCCAGCUGGAGCAGGAGUGGAAGGCCUUUGCCGCAGCGCUGGACGAGCGCAGCACCCUGUUAGAGAUGUCUGCCAGCUUCCACCAGAAAGCAGAUCAGUACAUGAGCAAAGUGGAGCCGUGGUGUAAGGCAUGCGGUGAAGGAGAGCUGCCCUCUGAACUUCAGGAUCUGGAAGACACGAUUCACCAUCACCAGGGAUUAUAUGAGCACAUCACCACUGCUUACUCAGAGGUAAGCCAGGACGGGAAGUCUCUGUUGGACAAGUUGCAGCGCCCUUUGACCCCCGGCAGCGCUGACUCGUUGAUGUCGUCGGCGAACUACUCCAAGGCCGUGCACCACGUCCUCGACAUCAUCCACGAGGUUCUGCACCACCAGAGACAACUGGAGAACAUCUGGCAGCAUCGCAAAGUGCGGCUUCACCAGCGCCUGCAGCUGUGUGUCUUCCAGCAGGACGUACAGCAGGUGUUGGACUGGAUAGAAAAUCAUGGAGAAGCCUUUCUCAGUAAGCACACUGGUGUUGGGAAGUCGUUGCACAGAGCCAGAGCUCUACAGAAGAGACAUGAAGACUUUGAGGAGGUUGCACAGAACACCUACACCAAUGCUGACAAGUUGCUGGAGGCAGCAGAGCAGCUGGCUCAGACCGGAGAAUGUGACCCUGAGGAAAUAUACCAGGCGGCUCACCAGCUAGAAGAUCGCAUCCAGGACUUCGUGCGUCGAGUUGAGCAGCGGAAAGUCCUGCUGGACAUGUCUGUUGCCUUCCACACACAUGUUAAAGAGCUGUGGACGUGGCUGGAAGAGCUGCAGAAGGAGCUGCUGGAUGACGUGUAUGCAGAGUCGGUGGAGGCAGUGCAGGACCUGAUCAAGAGAUUCGGCCAGCAGCAGCAGACCACCCUGCAGGCAACGGUCAACGUCAUCAAGGAGGGCGAGGAUCUCAUCCAGCAGCUCAGAGACUCGGCCAUCUCGAGCAACAAGACUCCCCACAACAGCUCCAUGGCCCACAUCGAGAGCGUGCUGCAGCAGCUGGACGAGGCCCAGGGCCAGAUGGAGGAGCUGUUCCAGGAGAGGAAGAUCAAACUGGAGCUCUUCCUCCAGCUCCGCAUCUUCGAGAGGGACGCAAUUGAUAUCAUUUCUGACCUGGAGUCGUGGAAUGAGGAGCUGUCCCAGCAGAUGAAUGACUUUGACACCGAGGACCUGACGCUGGCCGAGCAGAGGCUGCAGCAUCACGCCGACAAAGCGCUUACGAUGAACAACCUCACCUUCGACGUCAUCCACCAGGGACAGGAGCUGCUGCAGUAUGUCACAGAGGUCCAGGCAUCGGGCGUGGAGCUGCUGUGUGACAGAGACGUGGACAUGGCCACCCGAGUUCAGGACCUGCUGGAGUUUCUCCAUGAGAAGCAGCAGGAGCUGGACCUGGCGGCGGAGCAGCACAGGAGACACCUGGAACAGUGUGUCCAGUUGAGACAUCUGCAGGCUGAAGUCAAGCAGGUCCUGGGUUGGAUUCGAAACGGCGAGUCCAUGCUGAAUGCAGGUCUCAUCACCGCCAGUUCGUUACAAGAGGCCGAGCAGCUGCAAAAGGAGCACGAACAGUUCCAGCAUGCAAUAGAGAAAACCCAUCAGAGUGCACUGCAGGUUCAGCAGAAAGCAGAGGCCCUCCUCCAGGCUAACCACUACGACAUGGAUAUGAUCAGAGAUUGUGCAGAAAAGGUGGCAGAUCACUGGCAGCAGCUGAUGCUGAAGAUGGAAGACAGACUGAAGCUGGUUAAUGCUUCUGUGGCCUUUUACAAAACCUCAGAGCAGGUGUGCAGCGUGCUGGAAAGUCUGGAGCAGGAGUAUAAAAGAGAAGAAGACUGGUGUGGCGGUGCUGACAAACUGGGCCCCAACAGCGAGUCCGACCACGUGACCCCGAUGAUCAGCAAACAUCUGGAGCAGAAAGAAGCUUUCCUUAAAGCCUGUACACUAGCCAGGCGUAAUGCUGAUGUUUUCCUCAAGUACCUGCACAGAAACAGUGUCAACAUGCCGGGCAUGCUGUCCCACAUCAAGGCUCCUGAGACUCAGGUUAAAAAUAUUUUGAAUGAGCUGCUGCAGAGAGAGAACAGAGUUCUCCACUUCUGGACUAUGAGGAAACGAAGGCUGGACCAGUGCCAGCAAUAUGUAGUGUUUGAACGCAGUGCCAAACAGGCCCUGGAGUGGAUCCACGACACUGGGGAGUUUUACCUAUCCACGCACACGUCCACUGGAUCCAGCAUUCACCACACGCAGGAGCUACUGAAAGAGCACGAAGACUUUCAGAUCACAGCAAAGCAAACCAAAGAGCGGGUAAAGCUGUUGAUCCAGCUGGCGGAUGGGUUUUGUGACAAGGGCCACGCCCAUGCCCUGGAGAUAAAGAAAUGGGUGUCCUCGGUGGACAAGCGCUACAGGGACUUCUCUCUCCGCAUGGACAAAUACCGAACCUGCCUGGAAACAGCGCUCGGCAUUUCUUCUGACUCGAACAAGGCUAGUAAAGAGCUACAACUGGAUAUCAUCCCAGCCAGUGCUCCAGGGUCAGAGGUCAAGCUAAGGGAUGCCGCACACGAACUCAAUGAGGAGAAAAGGAAAUCGGCACGACGGAAAGAGUUUAUUAUGGCUGAGCUGAUCCAAACAGAAAAAGCCUACGUCAGAGACCUGCGGGAGUGUAUGGAUACCUACCUGUGGGAAAUGACCAGCGGCGUGGAGGAGAUUCCUCCUGGCAUCGUCAACAAAGAGCACAUCAUCUUUGGGAACAUGCAGGACCUCUACGAGUUCCACCACAAUAUCUUCCUGAAGGAGUUGGAGAAAUAUGAGCAGCUUCCAGAGGAUGUUGGCCAUUGUUUUGUAACCUGGGCUGACAAGUUCCAGAUGUAUGUGAACUACUGUAAGAACAAGCCUGACUCAACCCAGCUCAUCCUGGAACAUGCGGGCCCCUACUUUGAUGAAAUCCAGCAAAGGCAUCGUCUUGCCAACUCCAUCUCCUCUUACCUGAUCAAACCAGUUCAGAGAAUCACAAAAUACCAGCUGCUUCUCAAGGAGUUGUUGACAUGUUGCGAGGAGGGCAAAGGAGAGAUCAAGGAUGGUCUUGAAGUGAUGCUCAGCGUCCCCAAGAAGGCCAACGAUGCCAUGCAUCUCUCUAUGCUGGAAGGGUUUGAUGGGAACAUCGACUCCCAGGGAGAGUUGAUCCUUCAGGAUUCCUUCCAGGUGUGGGAUCCAAAGACUCUGAUUCGAAAAGGCCGCGACCGACACCUCUUCCUCUUCGAGAUGUCCCUCGUCUUCAGCAAAGAAGUGAAAGACUCCAACGGACGGAGCAAAUACCUCUACAAGAGCAAGCUGUUUACAUCCGAGCUUGGCGUGACCGAGCACGUGGAGGGAGAUCCUUGUAAGUUUGCCCUCUGGGUUGGCAGGACCCCAACCUCAGACAACAAGAUUGUCCUGAAGGCGUCAAGCCUUGAGAACAAGCAGGACUGGAUCAAACACAUUCGGGAGGUGAUCCAGGAGCGAACGGUCCACCUGCGAGGAGCUCUGAAGGAGCCCAUCCACAUCCCGAAAGCAACCACCACCAAACACAAAGGCAGACGGGAUGGAGAGGAGCUGGACAGCCAGGGAGACGCCAGCAGCCAGCCGGAUACCAUCUCCAUCGCCUCUCGCACAUCCCAGAACACACUGGACAGUGAUAAGCUCUCCGGCGGCUGUGAACUGACGGUGGUGAUCCACGACUUCGUGGCCAGCAACGGCGGCAGUAACGGCGAGCUGACGGUCCGCCGGGGCCAGACCGUGGAGGUCCUGGAGCGACUCCACGACAAGCCGGACUGGUGCCUGGUCCGCACGACGGACCGCUCGCCGGCCCAGGAGGGCAUCGUGCCCUGCUCCAUGCUCUGCAUCGCCCAUUCCAGGUCCUCCAUGGAGAUGGAGGGACUCUUCAAUCACAAAGAUACGUUGUCCGUGUCCAGUAAUGACGCCCUGCAGCCGGGCUCCAGUCAGACGCUGGGCCCUCACAGCUCACCGGGUCCCAAACGUCCCGGGAACACUCUGAGGAAGUGGCUGACGAGCCCCGUGCGGCGACUCAGCUCCGGCAAGGCCGACGGCCACGUCAAGAAGCUCGCCAACAAGCACAAGAAGAACCGCGACGGCACGAGGAAGAACAUGGACUCCAUCCCUGGCUCGCAGAAGGACUCUGACGACAGCGCCGCCACGCCGCAGGAUGAGACGCUGGAGGAGCGCAUGCGUAACGAGGGACUGAGCAGCGGCACCCUGUCCAAGUCGUCCUCCUCAGGCAUGCAGAGCUGCGGCGAAGAGGAAGGCGAGGAAGGGGCGGACGCCGUCCCUCUGCCUCCCCCUAUGGCCAUCCAGCAGCACAGCCUGCUGCAGCCCGACUCGCAAGACGACAAGUCUGCGUCUCGCCUGUCCGCCCGUCCCAGUAGCUCGGAGACGCCCAGCGCUGCCGAACUGGUCAGCGCCAUUGAAGAGCUGGUGAAGAGCAAGAUGUCACUGGAGGACCGUCCAAGCUCUCUGUCGGUGGAGCAAGGCGACAGCAGCUCUCCCUCCUUCAACCCCUCCGAUAACUCGCUCCUUUCCUCCUCCUCACCCAUCGACGAGGUGGAUGAACGCAAAUCUGGCUUCCUCAAGAGGAGGCACUAUGUGCUUCUGGAGCUGGUGGAGACGGAGAGAGACUACGUCAGAGACUUGGGAUCAGUGGUUGAGGGCUACAUGAGCAGAAUGAAAGAGGAAGGAGUUCCAGAUGACAUGAGGGGAAAAGACAAGAUUGUCUUUGGAAACAUCCAUCAGAUCUACGACUGGCACAAAGAUUUCUUCCUGGGAGAACUUGAACGGUGUUUGGAGGAUCCUGACAGACUGGCUCCUUUAUUUGUCAAACAGGAGCGGCGGCUGCACAUGUAUAUUGUGUAUUGCCAGAAUAAGCCUAAAUCUGAGCACAUUGUGUCAGAGUAUAUCGACACUUACUUUGAAGACCUUAAGCAGCGAUUGGGACACAGACUGCAAAUCACCGACCUGCUGAUCAAACCUGUCCAGCGCAUAAUGAAGUACCAGCUACUACUGAAGGAUCUUCUCAAGGUUUCUAAGAAGGCUGGAGUCGACACGACGGAGCUUGAGAAAGCUGUAGAAGUGAUGUGUGUGGUCCCCAAGCGCUGCAACGACAUGAUGAAUGUUGGUCGCCUUCAAGGCUUCGAAGGUAAAAUUGUGGCUCAGGGCAGAUUACUCCUCCAAGACACCUUCAUGGUUUCGGACCAGGAUGGAGGACUCCUGUCCAGGAUGAAAGAGAGGAGAGUCUUUCUGUUCGAGCAGAUCGUGAUCUUCAGUGAGCCCCUGGACAAGAAGAAGGGCUUCUCUACUCCUGGCUACCUCUUUAAAAACAGCAUCAAAGUGAGCUGGUUGGGUCUCGAAGAAAAUGCAGACGAUCCCUGCAAGUUCACACUGACCUCCAGAUCCUCCAGUGGAAACCUGGAGCGAUACACACUCCACUCCACCAGCCCCGGAGUCAGCCAGGUGUGGGUCCACCAGGUCAGCCAGAUCCUGGAGAACCAGCGCAAUUUCCUCAAUGCUUUGACCUCGCCCAUCGAGUACCAGAGGAACCACGUGGGCGGCGGCGGACCGAGCGGCCCACCCAACAGUAGCAGUGGUAGUACUGCGGGCCUCCCGGGAGGCAGCAGCUCCAACAGUACCUCCAACAUGGGAGGAGGCGGCGGCGGCGGCGGCGGCUCCGGAGGAUCGGGGGGAAGCUCCUCCUCCCUGUGCGGCCCUCGCUCCCGGCCUUCCCGAAUCCCUCAGCCAUCCUCGCGCCUCCCCCAGCCUGUCCACCACCACCACCCCCCGGGCCCCGAGGGGCCCGACAGAUCCGCAGGUAUGUGGUCGCCCUGCCACCCCCAGCCCCCCCAGCCCUUCCCUUGCAGCACAGCCAACGGAGACCUGUCGGCCUCGGAGAUCCCGAAGAUGAGGAUGCUGGACAGUCCUCACGGGAGUAACAGUAAUAACAGUAACCGGCCCUCCGGCUGUGUGGACGGCAGCAGGCAGGCGACCGAAGAGACGGCCAAGCCUCAGAUACCCCAGAUGCCCGUGGCUCCUCUGAAUUUUUCCUUCAAGAGCUCUCGAGUUGGGACGGUCGCUCCCCUGAUUUCGCCUCAGUCCCCCGGAGGAAAGGAAGUGUUCGCUCCCCCCAGCCCGGCCCCCAAAGGCAACCCCUUCUGGGCCGUGGUCCCCCCUCUGCCCCCCUCUCCCGCCAGCAGGCCUGGCUCUUUCUCCUACCCCAGCGACAAUGGCGGCGGGGGCGACUCCCUGGGCAGAGGGGGCCACGGAGCGUCCUCGCACCAUCGCCACUCCAGCCACAGUAAGGACAUUGACCGCAUGAGCACCUGCUCCUCCGCCAGCGAGCAGUCCAUACACUCCACCCAGAGCAACGGGAGUGAAAGCAGUAGCAGCAGCAGCGUGUCCACCAUGCUGGUGACCCAGGACUAUGUGGCAGUGAAGGAGGAUGAGAUCAGUGUGGCGCAGGGUGAGGUGGUCCAGAUGCUAGCCAGCAACCAGCAGAACAUGUUCCUGGUGUACCGAGCAGCCAACGAGCAUUCCCCCGCCGCCGAAGGCUGGAUCCCCGGCUACGUAUUGGGACACACCUCAUCCUCCGUCACACCAGAGCUCCCCGAAGGCACCAUCAAAAAAUCAUUAUCAUGGCACACGGCGCUUCGAAUCCGACGAAAGUCUGAGAAAAGAGACAAAGAGGGCAGGAAAUUAGAGAACGGCUACCGCAAAUCUCAGGACAGCCUGGCCAACAAAGUCUCAGUCAAGCUUCUGAAUCCCAACUUCAUCUACGAUGCUCCUCCGGAGUUUCUGGUUCCUCUCGGCGAUGCAUCGUGUGAGAGCGGCGACAGCGUCAGCCUGAGGUGUAAAGUGUGUGGCCGACCUCGGGCCACCGUCACUUGGCGAGGACCGGACAACAUCACUCUGAGCAACAGCGGCUGUUACAGCAUGACUUACAGUGAGACCGGGGAAGCUUCUCUGCGUAUCUCUGGAGUGUCUGUAGACGACGGCGGCCUGUACACCUGCGUUGCCACAAAUAUAGCGGGCACAGUCACUUCCUCUGCGAGCCUCAGAGUGUCAGGACCCCCUGAUGAUGGCAGUGAGUUCCUCUGGAAACACAACUUUGAGUCCCACUACACAGAGAUCACUGAACUAGGAAGAGGCCGGUUCUCAGUGACGAAGCGCUGUGACCAGAGAGGAAGUAAACGCACGGUCGCCGCAAAACACGUCAACAAGAAGCUGCUGCGUCGGGAACAGGUGCUUCAGGAGAUCAGAAUCCUCCAGAUAGUGGAGCACUACAACCUGGUCAAGCUGCUGGACACGUAUGAGACGGCCAACAGCUACGUCCUCGUCCUGGAGAUGGCCGACCAGGGACGCUUCCUGGAUUAUAUAGUGAGCUGGGGCAACCUAACGGAGGAGAAGGUGGCUUUAUACCUCAGAGAUAUCCUUGAAGCUCUCCAUUACCUGCACAGCUGGAGGAUAGCACACCUGGAUAUCAAACCUGAGAACAUCGUGGUGGAACAUGCAUCUUCACAGCCGGUAAUCAAGCUGACGGAUUUUGGCGACGCUGUCCAGCUGAAUCCUCCCUCCUCGUACGUCCAUCCUCUCGUGGGGAGUCCAGAGUUCUCCGCUCCUGAGCUCGUUCUGGGUCAUCCUGCUUCAGUCAUGUCUGACCUCUGGAGCCUAGGAGUGGUGACCUACGUCGUCCUGAGUGGAGCCUCUCCCUUCCUGGACGAGAGUCUGGAGGAGACGUGUCUGAACAUUUGCCGCCUGGACUUCAGCUUCCCGGACGACUACUUCCAGGGCGUGAGCUCGGCCGCCAGGGACUUCGUCCGCCUGCUGCUGCAGGGCGAUCCGGAGCAGCGCCCCCCCGCGGAGUCCUGCCUGCAGGAGGCCUGGCUCCAGCCCAGGAGGGCUUUCGAGGAGCAGCACGGCGCCGUGAAUCGCGCGCAGCCGCAGAGUCCCUGCAGCACUCACCUGGACACGUCCAGGCUCAUCUCCUUCAUAGAGAGACGCAAGCACCAGAACGACGUCCGGCCGGUGGGCACCGUGAAGGCCUUCCUCCACAGCCGCCUCUACAACCACAUCUGAGGUCCUCCGUCACCAGCCUCGUGCCCGCUAUGAUCCCCUCCUCCUUCACUAAAGCCACAGAAGUCCUGCUGCUGCUGCUGACAGACCUUUUGAGACACCCCCCCACCCCACCCCCCCCUACCCCCCCCCAACCCCGGCAUAUUACCAUUAUGCCUGCACAACAAAUGAACAGCAGGAAUCUGUUUCAGAUUCCAAACCUUGACUCAGCAGGGAGAAAACCAAGCUUUCUCAACGAGCCAGCGUGAGCAAGUCUUGCGUUUCGGACAGUGUUAAACAAAGAAAUUAGAAAAAGAAGAAAAAAAAAAACUGUAAAAUAGGAAUAUUUCGGGCUGCUUUCGGUUGAACACAAGAAAAUGAUUUUUGUCUUUUUUUUUUGUAACAAGAGAUUACUUUUUGUAAAUGAAACCAUGUACAGUGAGGAAACAGAGAAUUGUCUUUAUUCAAACCUUUUGGGGAACAAAGGGUAGCUAGUAGAAGUAGAACGGCUUCACAGAGAGACGAGAUGUGUCGGGGAAAGCGGCGCCCAUCAGCAGGGUGCUCUUUCUGUGGGACGAAAACCUCCAAAACCAUGUUUUCUGCACAUACAGUACAUCAAAGCGACACUCAGUGCAAUAGUUUGUGUAUUUUUAUUCACCCACUUCAUUUUUGGAAAGGUCACAUCGUUUCAGUUUGAGUCCAAACAAACUUGAACAAGCCUUCGGGCAGAAAGCAUAUUCGGCAGAACUUCUCAGAUCUCUACCUGCAUCCGCCUUAUUUGUAAAUAUUUUUUUUUUUCUCCUGCUUUUCAUUCUCCUUUUUAAAGACUUUAUCUCAAACGAACUAAAGCUGUUUCAUUUUUGCUGAAUAUUAGUGAGUCCACGCGGUCAAAGUGAGCCAACCCUAACGCCCCCCGCCCCCCGCCCCACUUCCACCCCUGCAGGCCCCGAGGGGCUUCACUAUGAACAAACCGCUACUAGAAAUGCACUUGUAAUUUGCAUCAGUUCUCAUGUGCAAUGUUGCAGCUUUAACAUUUAUGCAACUAUUUAUGAACUUGUGUUGUAGCCGUAUUCUUAAAAAGGCAUGUACGUACCUGGUACUGCAAUAGAUGUCCGUAUUGUGUUAAAUCUUAUGUAUUAAGUUCAGUAUUAAUAUCCGCGUUAAAACCCCGAGACAGACGAGGGUUUUUCCGAAAUAAUGUAUAAAAGUGUGUAUCUAUAAAGUAUAGGCACUUAUGUUUUCAUUUUGUCCUUGUCAUAUUUUUUUUUUUCUUGUAACAAUACCAAAGUUGGCUCUGCUUUCUUUUCCUGCUAUGUGUGUAUUUUUUUUUAUUUUUUUUUAAAAUGAUUUGUCAUGUUAAGUUAUAACACGCUACACUGAUCCCAGACAUAGGAAGUGUUUACAAAGAUCCAGUGUGGCUUUAUUUAUUCUUGUAAUGAAAAACUGUUUGGUGAUUUAUUGCUCAAAAAAAAAAAGAUAUUUCACUUGUCUUUUUUUUUUCUUGUUGUUUUUUGUCAAGCUGUGCACAAAGUGGUUUUUGCUGUGUGUUUGUUUGGCUUUUUGUAGGUAGAUACUGACGUACGUCGCUUGAUUUUUAUUACUUUUUUAGUUUUGACAUGGUAAACACAGAAUUGGUUGGCAUCUUCAACAAGCAAUAGCUCUGGAAGAAACUGCUCUUUGAGAACGCGUUGCACCUUUCCGGAGAGGUUUUCAGACACAUCUCCUCGAUGAACACACACACACAUCAGCAUUAAGAGCUGUGGAAGAGCUCCCUGCCUGUUUUCGUUUCCGUGAGUCUUUUAGGUGAAGACGUUUGUUGAAAGCUUUUCUUUAAAGUGCCAGUUAAGGGAGUCGACCUCGCCGGGUGGGUGAAGCUAAAGCCGUGCAUUGUUUCCAAUUUCAUUCGAAGGAUGUUCUUGUUUCCGUCAGAUGAUCUGAUUUACUGUCAAAGAAGCUGUCGAUGACUUGUCUGUACUGUAUGUGUGUGUGUGUGUGUGGGUGUGUGUGUGUGUGUGCGUUUGCGUGCGUGUGUGUACGUCUCAUUUCGUGUCACAUUUUAUUUAUUAGUGUUGAUGUGGGUUUCCCAAAAAACCGUGCUGUUCAAUCUCCUCAUCAGAUUCCCUUACAGCCCGCUCACAUGAUGGAAGUGAAGAAAUGCCUUUUGGGAAAUCCAGCUUUCUCCUGAUGUAAAGAUGUACAGAGAGGGUGGGGCGCUGCGCCCACACCCGGGAUGUAAACCUCAUCGCUCGCAUAUUUUAAAUACACCCAGGAUGAGACUGCAGCAAUGUCAUCUUGAAUGUCUUAUUAUGACUUAUUUUUAUUUUUGCAUGUAUAUUUCUUUGUACAGAAGAUUGUGUUUACAUGUUAACUAUGUGUUGUAAAUAAUUAAUUUUGUCCUCUGUUAUUUUGCCAUUAAACGUACAAGGAA